AUGUCUGCUCGGCCGCCGCAAGCCCGGAGUACCGUUCACUGGGUCCCGUCGAAUGACACGCCUCCCCGGAGCGGCAUUGGGCCAGCGUACGUCGCUGUUAUUAUGGAAGGUUUCAGCGUCUCGUCGAGAGAGACCAAGAACAUGAAUCUCACCGACAAGGAGCGCAACACCCUCCAGCUUGUUGAGAGGCUGGGCGCCUCCAUCAGCUUGGUCAGCGUGUUUGCUAUUUUUAUUGUUUACGGUCUCUUUUCCCGGGUCCGCACCGUCCCGAACACCUUCAUCUUCUUCGCGUCGAUUGCAAAUGUCGGGGCCAGUAUCGCAUGCCUUAUUGGCUUCAGCGGUCUCCUCGCCGGGGAGAAGUCAGCACUUUGCCAAGGCCAGGCCUUUCUUUUCGAGAUGUUCAUGCAGUCCGACCCCUGGUGGUCGUUCGCCAUGGCUGUCAACGUCUACAUGGUCUUCUUCAUGGCCUACCCCCCUAGCAAUCUGCACAAGAAUCUGUGGAUCUAUUGCAUCAUCUGCUUCGGCAUACCGGCCAUACCGGCCUUCAUCUGCCUCGCGUACGCGCCAAACGGGGAACGCAUCUAUGGCGACGCUACGCUGUGGUGCUGGAUCAACGACAAGUACAACCCGCUGCGCAUCUUCACCUACUAUCUUCCAAUUUGGACGUGCAUUGUACUGUCUACCCUCAUCUACGUGGCGGUCGGGUACCAUGUUUUCCACCAACGCAACCAGCUGCGCAACCUGACCUUCAGUAAUCAGGAAACGGAAAAUUCCGGUACAGAAUUGCGGGAGUCGGAAAAGAAGCAGCAAAGCUACGGCACGGUAACGAUCGAGGUGCAGAUAACAGCGGAGUCUUCCUCCGGCGGCCAGACGCCACCGCCCUCAACCCCGACCGGAUCCAUCGUUCCGGUCCUACACAACCCUUCGCAGCCACCGGGUCCUGCCGGCCAGAGCCCUUGGGGUUUCCCCGACGACGACAUCGAGUCUGUUUUCCCCACGACCCGCUGGCACGUCAACAGCAGCCACGGGAGCGACAGGAAAAAUAACAGUAACAUCAUCAUCAAUCCCGACAUCAACACCCACAAUCAGACCUCCUUCGCGACGACCUCGACGACCAUCUCCUCGGCCCCGCGCCCAUCCGACAAAGCCGAGCCCGCCCGUCGCCCGGUGAUGCCUGCGUGGCUGGCGCGGACCUGGUGCAAGUUCCAGCGCAGGCUGGCCAACCUGGACCCGAUCAAGCUGGCCUACCUGCGCACCUCGUUCGUCUUCGCCCUCUCCAUCCUCGUCACCUGGACGCCCAGCAGCAUCAACCGCGUCUACGCGCUCGUCCACCCGGCCCACAACAGCUUCGCGCUCAACCUGGCCAGCGCCGUCGUCCUCCCCCUGCAGGGCCUCUGGAACGCCGUCAUCUUCGCCGCCACCAGCUGGGGCAUACUCAAGGACGAGUUCCGCCAGUUGCGAUACGGUAGCGGAACCGCAAGUACGGCAGCCCCUGGUGCCGGUGCUGCUAGGGGCGGCGACAACGGCUGGACGAGAGGGUUGCGGUGGCGCGAGCGCGGGUGUGGGUGCGGGUGUGGGUGCGGGUGCGGGUGCGGGUGGUGGUCUGACCGCCGGCGCGGGGUGGGCCCGUCGUCCGGGAGGCUGAGCGAGGCGGAGAUGGCACGGCGUCAGCAGCAGCAGCAGCAAGAAUUGCCUCCAAUCUUCUGGGUCCGGGAUGGGAGUCUGCAGGAAACCCGCGAACUGGCGACGCUCUCUUUGCGGACGGCAAACGUGAGGGUUAUCCGGGACGGCGCGCUGUGACGGGUAUGUGAGGCGAGAUUUGUUGAAUGGGGAUGGACCGGAAAGGCGUUGAUGUUUCGGUACCUAGUGUGUUGCGGAUGAUUAAUAUUAAUUAAGUCACACG